AUGUCAUUAGUAAUGCGCAAAUCAGCUCUUGAUAUAUUUAGUGCAACUAAAUGGGUUGUCACGAGAGACUGUCGAUUAUUAUCAUCUUUACCUGAGAAAGCAGAAUUGCCCGCUGAUGUUGAGAAAGAAAGAAUUUCAGGACGCAGACCACGGUCACAUAAUCCGAUCUUAGAGUAUCGACAUGUUUAUCCAGAAUUCCUUCCAGAUCCCAAUCCGAAAUGGAGAAACAGCCUUCGUGAAAAGUUGGAAAGAGCAGACAUGUUGAAAAGAAGAAACCAAAUUGAUUUACCAGAAUUUUAUGUUGGUUCUAUCUUAGCAGUUACAAUAUCAGAUCCACAUGCUCAAGGCAAAACUAAUAGAUUUGUUGGUAUUUGUAUUGAGAGAAAAGGCUGUGGUUUAAGAGCUGAGUUUACAUUAAGAAAUGUUAUUGAUCAUCAAGGAAUAGAGAUUCGUUAUGACCUAUAUGAUCCCACAAUACAAAAUAUACAAGUGCUUCGUUUGGAAAAACGUCUGGAUGAUAAAUUAUUAUACUUAAGAGAUGCAUUGCCUGAAUACUGCACAUUUUCUUUGGAUAUGGAUCCUGAAAUAUUGCCCGAAGGAACACCAGUACCUAUCAAUCCAGUCCAGGUAAAACUAAAACCAAGGCCUUGGUUAGAAAGAUGGGAAAGACAGGAAUUGAAAGGAAUAUCAAAUAUUGAAGAACAUUUGAAGGAAAAAGAUCGAGUCCGAAGAGAAUUAAGAAAAACACCUUGGGAGAAAUUUGAUUUAAUGAAACAAUACAGAAAAACCAUACCAGUUGAAGAUCAGUCUGAAAUCUGGAGUGAAGUCUACAAUCAGUUGCAACAAAUGAGGGUUUCCCGUAAAAAGAUGUCUAGAAAACGCACAUUUACUACUCCGAAGCCUCAACUUGGA